AGCAGACCCGAGUUAUACUCCGGGUUAUACUCUGGGUUAUACUCCAGGUUAUGCUCCAGGUUAUGCUCUGGGUUAUGCUCUGGGUUAUGCUCCAGGUUAUACUCCAGGUUAUACUCCAGGUUAUACUCCAGGUUAUGCUCCAGGUUAUGCUCCGGGUUAUGCUCUAGGUUAUACUCCAAGUUAUACUCCGGAUUAUACUCCGGGUUAUACUCUGGGUUAUUAUUCUGCUAGCAGUUUGUACGAAAAUUUAUGGAAAAGGCUUUUUUGUCAUCCAAUAAACCUUAACAAGAAAUAUAAAUAG